AUGGCUUGGCGAUCGCACGGGACCGAUAACGAUUCUCUCGUGAACGCUUUGGUGCGUAACAGAGUGUUGAAAACGAGGAAAGUCAUCGAUGCCAUGCGAAGGGUAGAUCGAGGGAACUAUUGCGUACCGUUUUCCGGACAGUCGGCGUACGAGGACCAUCCGCUGCCGAUUGGAUCGAACGCCACGAUAUCUGCGCCGCAUAUGCACGCGGCGUGUUUGGAAUUGGUACACGAUCGAGUGACGGAAAACGCGAGAGUUUUGGACGUUGGAAGUGGGUCUGGGUACCUCACUUCGUGUUUCGCGGCCAUGCUCGAUCACCACGACUCGUACGCCGCGGGUUCUAUUCGCGCGGAAGAGGUCGAGGAUAGACGGCCGGGCUUAUCAGAUACGAAAUACCCAAUCGUCGUUGGCGUGGAACACAUCAAAGAUCUCGUGGAUUUCUCCAUCGAAAAUACCAAAAAGGACGGUAAAGGCAAGUACUUGCAAGGCCCGGAACCUCUGGUCGUCUUAAAAGUCGCCGACGGUCGCGAAGGGUACCCCCCGUACGCGCCAUACGACGUCAUCCACGUCGGCGCCGCUUCGCCGGAAAAACCGACAAAACUUCUCAAACAACUCGCAAACGGCGGAAGAUUGGUGUGCCCGGUCGGAAGAGGUUGGCAAUCUUUGCGCGUCUACGACAAAGACGAUAAAGGUCGCGUCACCGAGUUUGACGCGAUGGGCGUCACGUACGUUCCGCUCACUGGCGCGAAAGAACAAAUGGGUCGCGCGUCCGCGUCGUCAGGGAGUUUUUGGUAA